AACGUGAUACUCUUUGCGCAUACUCAAAUGCUGCUAGGGCCACGCUAGCUGCCGCCGCGGCUCUAUGGUCUCUCCCUAGGGCUUGGGUGUUUGGUGUAGCUGCUGUAGUCCUGUGGGUUGCCCGGCCCCGAGCGGCAGCGACAUGGAAGAAUUCGACUCCGAAGACUUCUCCACCUCGGAAGAGGACGAGGACUACGUGCCGUCGGGUGGAGAGUAUAGUGAAGAUGAUGUAAAUGAAUUAGUGAAGGAAGAUGAAGUGGAUGGUGAAGAGCAGACACAGAAAACCAAAGGGAAAAAAAGAAAGGCUCAGAGCCUUCCAGCCAGGAAGAGAAAACAGAGUGGCCUCUUGUUAGAAGAGGAAGAGGAGGAUGCCAAGGCAGAAUCUGGAGGAAGCAGCAGUGAGGAGGAUGAAAUAGAAGAGCGGGAGAAAGGCACUGGGUCAGAGGAUGCACGGAAAAAGAAGGAGGAUGAACUCUGGGCCAGCUUCCUCAAUGAUGUGGGGCCAAAAUCAAAAGUGCCCCCAAGUAAACAGGCGAAGACAGGAGAACAGGCUGACGAGACAAGUUCAAGUAAAUUGUUGGUCAAAGCAGAAGAGCUAGAGAAACCUAAAGAAGCAGAGAAGGUUAAAAUCACCAAGGUUUUUGAUUUUGCUGGUGAAGAAGUAAGGGUGACUAAGGAAGUGGAUGCUACGUCUAAAGAAGCCAAGUCCUUCUUCAAGCAAAAUGAGAAGGAAAAACCACAGGCUAAUGUCCCUUCAGCUGUGCCAUCACUCUCUGCUGGGUCAGGGGUAAAAAGGUCAAGUGGCAUGAGCAGUCUUUUGGGGAAAAUUGGAGCCAAGAAGCAGAAAAUGAGCACCCUUGAGAAGUCCAAAUUGGACUGGGAGAGCUUCAAGGAGGAAGAGGGGAUUGGUGAAGAACUUGCUAUCCAUAAUCGAGGGAAAGAGGGGUACAUUGAACGGAAAGCUUUUCUAGAGCGCGUUGACCACAGGCAGUUUGAAAUUGAGCGAGAUCUCAGGCUGAGCAAAAUGAAACCUUGAUGUUCAGGGGAGAAUCAGUAACAGCUCAAUCCUGUUGACAAUGUGAGCUUUCUGUGCAUCUGUGAAAUUCUUCCAGUCUCCUCCUCCACUGUUGCCCAGCAGUCUUUUUCUAUAUGAAAUUUUGUUUGUGUAUCUUGAUCUCACAUGGUUUCACUCAUUUUAUUUUUAAAAAUCUGUCUUUAAAUAAGUAAAUAAAGUCAGUCCUCAGCAAGGCUGGAGAAAACAAA